GAGAUUGGAAUCCGACUGCCGGGCUGGGCGAAGGAGGAGGGAGGAGGGAAGAGGGAGGAGGGCGGGCAGGAAGGCUCGGGCUCCGGCGCGUCGGUCCGCGCGAGACGAGGAUCGCACGGCCGCGCGAGGGGCGACCGGGCCGGGGCCGCUGCACGCCGAGGGCGGAGGCCGAGCCGGGCCCCCGCCGCGCCCCGGCGGCUCGCUGCCCCCACACCCGCUCCGCUCCGAGGGCUGGAGGAUGAGUUCCCCGGGGUCCGGAUUUAUGAAAAUAUGCAUCAGCUUAAUACUGUCUUGGAAUUCAUGAGAUGGAAGCAUAGGUCAAAGCUAUUUGGAGAGAAUUGGAAGUACAGUUUUAUAGCUACAUCUCUAAGGAGUGAGGAAAAAGCAAUAAGAGGUGGAGUCAUUGUCAAGUGGUUGUGGCCUUCUACAAGAAAUCUCAUUGAGUAAAGGCUUUUGCGUUAGCGAAAUAAUAGGACCGGUUAUUCAAGGUGACAGUAUAACAGAAAACAUUAAAAUUGAACAAUGACUCGACUAUAUAUUUACAUUAGAUUAUUGGGAACCUAUCUGUUCAUCAUUUCUCAUGUUCAAGGACAGAAUCUAGACAGUAUGCUCCAUGGCACUGGGAUGAAAUCAGACUCCGACCAGAAGAAGUCAGAAAAUGGAGUGACAUUAGCACCAGAGGAUACCUUGCCUUUUUUAAAGUGCUAUUGCUCAGGACACUGCCCAGAUGAUGCUAUUAAUAACACAUGCAUAACUAAUGGUCAUUGCUUUGCCAUCAUAGAAGAAGAUGAUCAGGGAGAAACCACAUUAGCUUCAGGAUGUAUGAAAUAUGAAGGAUCUGAUUUUCAGUGCAAGGAUUCACCAAAAGCCCAGCUUCGCCGUACAAUAGAAUGUUGUCGGACCAAUUUAUGUAACCAGUAUUUACAACCUACACUGCCCCCUGUUGUUAUAGGUCCAUUUUUUGAUGGCAGCAUUCGAUGGCUGGUUGUUCUCAUUUCCAUGGCUGUUUGCAUAAUUGCUAUGAUCAUCUUCUCCAGCUGCUUUUGUUACAAACAUUAUUGCAAGGGUAUCUCAAGCAGACGUCGUUACAAUCGCGAUUUGGAACAGGAUGAAGCAUUUAUUCCAGUGGGAGAAUCAUUAAAAGACCUUAUUGAUCAGUCACAGAGUUCUGGUAGUGGAUCUGGAUUACCAUUAUUGGUUCAGAGAACUAUUGCCAAACAGAUUCAGAUGGUUCGGCAAGUUGGUAAAGGCCGGUAUGGAGAAGUGUGGAUGGGUAAAUGGCGUGGUGAAAAAGUGGCAGUCAAAGUGUUUUUUACCACUGAAGAAGCUAGCUGGUUUCGAGAAACGGAAAUCUACCAAACUGUGCUAAUGCGCCAUGAAAAUAUACUUGGUUUUAUAGCAGCAGAUAUUAAAGGCACAGGUUCCUGGACUCAACUCUAUUUGAUUACUGAUUAUCAUGAAAAUGGAUCUCUCUAUGACUUCCUGAAAUGUGCUACACUAGACACCAGAGCCCUGCUCAAGUUGGCUUAUUCAGCUGCCUGUGGUCUGUGCCACCUCCACACAGAAAUUUAUGGUACCCAAGGAAAGCCUGCAAUUGCUCAUCGAGACCUAAAGAGCAAAAAUAUCCUCAUCAAGAAAAAUGGAAGUUGCUGCAUUGCUGACCUGGGCCUUGCUGUUAAAUUCAACAGUGAUACAAAUGAAGUUGAUGUACCCUUGAAUACCAGAGUGGGAACCAAACGUUAUAUGGCUCCAGAAGUGCUAGAUGAAAGUCUGAAUAAAAACCAUUUCCAGCCCUAUAUAAUGGCUGACAUCUAUAGCUUUGGCCUGAUCAUUUGGGAAAUGGCUCGUCGUUGUAUCACAGGAGGGAUAGUAGAGGAGUAUCAAUUGCCAUAUUACAACAUGGUACCCAGUGACCCAUCCUAUGAAGAUAUGCGUGAGGUUGUAUGUGUCAAACGUUUGCGGCCAAUUGUGUCUAACCGAUGGAACAGUGAUGAAUGUCUACGAGCAGUUUUGAAGCUGAUGUCAGAAUGCUGGGCCCACAAUCCAGCCUCCAGACUUACAGCAUUGAGAAUCAAGAAGACACUUGCGAAGAUGGUGGAAUCCCAAGAUGUAAAGAUUUGACAGUUAAACCAACCUGAGGAGAAAUUCUGGACUGCAAGAACUAUGUUCUCCCAAGAACAGGUGGAAUUAGCAUGGAAUAAGGAUGUUGACUUGGUUCUCAGACUCUUUCCUCACUACACCUUCACAGGCUGCUAACAUUAAACCUUUCAGUACUCUUGUAGACGACAAGCUGGAAACUUCUAAACACUUCAUUCUUCACAUGUGGACAGCUUUAUUUUAAAUGUGGUUUUUGAUGCCUUCUUUUUUUUAUUGGAUUUUUAUGAACUGCAUCAAAACUUCAGUCCUGAUGAAUAAGUCUCCAGUCAAACUCUGGGUACUGAAUUGCCUGUUCAUAAAAUGGUGCUUUCUGUGAAAGCCUUAGAAGCUAAAUGAGUUCAGCAGAGAUGGAGAAAUACACACUUUUGCCUUCUACCUGAGAAAAUUAAAUUUGUUUGUAUCCUACCUUUGUAAAACAGCCUAUAGAUUGUGAUCUCUUUGGAAUUCUGCUUAGUUCAUGAUAGUGCAUCAUGCUUUCCUGGAUGACGGUGUGUGUGUGUGUGCAUGUGCACACAUACACCAGUAUUCCUCUGCUGCCAUUUGAAUUAGAAGAAAAUAAUUUAUAAAUGCACAGGAAGAUGUUGGUGGCUGGUGUUUUUGUGCUUUAAAAAUGCAAUAUCUGACCAGGAUUCGCCAAUUUCAUAAAAGCCAUUUACCUUGCAAUUAAGGUAGCUUCCCGCCAACUAUAUCUUUUACCAUAUAAUUGCUAUGAAAGCCAAAAGAAGUUUAAAGUGUUUGUAAAUUUGGACUAUUUUCCUUCUACCACCAUCUUUUUUUUUUUUUUGGUAAUUAUUUUGUCAUGAGAAGCAUUCUAUCCAAAGUUGAAGCUUCUAAUGCCAUGAACCAUGCUUAUAAACACUUCUUAUUGAAGUGAAUUAUUGCAUUUGAUAGCAAUGUAAGUGCCUAUAAUCAUGUUCUGUAUUCUUUAUUCUCAGUAACUUUUAAAAGGGAAGUUAUUUAUAUUUUGUGUGUAAUGUGCUUUAUUUGCAAAACACCUGCUCUUUUACAACCAUAUUUUAUAUAUGUACAUACAUUUACACUACAGAAACCAGCUCACAUGUACCUCACAUCCUUAAAGGAAAAAAUGUUCUAAAGUACAACUUCAUUUGAGUUUUUUCAGAAUUAAUGUAUCCAGAGUAACAUUAAAUCCUGGACUUCAUUAACUUCAAGCAAAACUUCAUUAAGAUAAUGCCCAUCUGAGUUUUCCUUUAUAAAAGGAUGCUAUAAUUAGGAAUUUAUGUCAGAGCUAACAUAAGUUUAUCAAUGAUUCUUAAGUAUGUUUUUGACAUAGAUUUAAUCAUUUGAUAUAUUUGGUUUUACAGUUUAUAGUCCCAAAUUUGUGAAGACAAUGAAGAGUAAGGCAAAAACUGAGUAUUUAGUACCCUCAUCUACACUGUAUAGCUGUUAUUCAAUAAAAUGAUAGAUAUUUUAUAGA